AUGCGGUUGCCAACAUGGCUUCCGCUGGUGCUUCUGGUUGGGAACGUACAAGCAGCCUUGCGCGACUACGACAACCGCGACUAUUUUGCCCUCCACCUCCAUCCCACUUCUGUUCCCGAAGACGUCGCCCAUCGGUUAGGUGCACAGCUUGAAGGGCGGGUCGGAGAGUUGGGUCAUCAUUAUACAUUUUCGUGCGCGAAGGACACAUGUCAAGAGCUUGAAGAUUCCCUGCAGGAACUGCGCAGGCGGAAGAGGCGAAGGCGACGGUCUGUUGAUGGGGUGGAACGACAGAUGGCACAUGACCUGCACGGCGUAUUAUGGUCAGAAAAACUUCAGCUUCGACAUCGCCAUGUGAAGCGCAUUCCUCCACCCCUACCUCGCACGCUUCGCGACGCCCAGGGUUCAGGAGGCCUGAAAUCCGACCCGACCGCGGACCAGGCUCAGCAAGACGCUAUCCAACGCUUGAAUACGAUUGCGGAGGCUUUAGACAUCAAGGACCCCAUCUUCAAGGAGCAGUGGCAUUUGUUCAAUCCUUUACAAAUCGGUCAUGAUCUGAAUGUGACGGGUGUAUGGUUGGAUGGCAUCACUGGUAACGGCACCAUCUCAGCCGUCAUUGACGACGGGUUGGACCUCAACAGCAAUGACCUCAGGGACAACUUCUAUGCGGAAGGCUCUUGGGACUUCAAUGACCCAGGCCCGGAGCCACUACCGAGACUGUUUGAUGAUAAGCAUGGUACUCGCUGUGCUGGAGAAAUCGCCGCGGUCAAAAAUGAUGUUUGUGGCGUUGGCAUGGCCUACGACAGCAAGAUCGCUGGUAUCCGGAUCUUGUCCAAGCCCAUCAGUGACGAAGAUGAGGCAGCGGCUAUCAACUACCACUACCAAGAGAAUGACAUCUAUUCUUGUUCAUGGGGUCCGCCUGACGACGGGCAGACCAUGGAGGAGCCAGGUCUCCUGAUUAAGCAAGCCAUGUUGAAUGGCAUUCAGAAUGGUCGAGGUGGUCUCGGCUCUGUUUUUGUCUUUGCUGCGGGCAAUGGUGCCGCCAGUGACGACAACUGCAAUUUCGACGGUUACACCAACAGCAUCUACAGCAUCACUGUCGGCGGUAUUGAUCGAGCUGGAAAUCAUCCAUAUUACUCCGAGUCUUGCUCUGCGCAGUUGGUGGUAACUUAUAGUUCCGGAAACAACGAUGCAAUCCAUACCACCGAUGUUGGAGCAAACCAAUGCUAUAAUGGCCACGGCGGAACAUCGGCUGCAGGGCCCCUCGUGGUCGGCGUUGUAGCUCUCGCGCUAAGUGUUAGGCCGGACCUGACGUGGCGAGACUUGCAGUACCUAUGUGUCGAGACUGCUAUCCCUAUACACGAAGACGAUGGCAGCUGGCAGAACACGACGAACGGAAAGAGAUUCAGUCACAUGUAUGGAUACGGCAAGAUUGAUGCCUAUCGAUUUGUUGAGGCUGCAAAAUCAUGGGAGCUGGUUAAACCACAGGCGUGGUUCCACUCGCCCUGGCUCAGCGUUCAGCAUAAGAUCCCGGAGGGUGACAAGGGCCUAGUGGCCAGCUUCGAGGUCACGGAAGAGAUGUUAAGCGUAGCCAACCUGGAAAGGCUUGAGCAUGUGACAGUGACCAUGAACAUCGAGCAUACCAGAAGAGGCGAUCUCAGUGCCGACUUGAUAAGUCCUAGUGGCCUGAUCAGCCACCUCGCCACUGACCGGGCUCACGACGGAGCUGCCGAGGGGUAUGAUGACUGGACGUUCAUGUCCGUGCUUCACUGGGGCGAGUCUGGCAUCGGCAAGUGGACGGUCAUCGUCAAAGACUCAAACGAGAAUGAAUUUAACGGCACUUUCAUCGACUGGCGGCUGAACCUCUGGGGUGAAGCCAUUAACGCCCAAAUCCAACAGCUUCACCCACUACCUGACGAGCACGACGAUGAUCAUGAAACCGCUCCUGCUGUAGUGAGCACAACCAGCGUCGAAGCUGGCCGCCCAGCAACGGCAACCCAACCUCCCGCCCGGCCUACUGACCAUCCUGACCGGCCCACCAAGCCGAAGCCAACUGAGGCCACAGACUCCGUCGUGAUUGUGACGGCGACCAACACUGUCUCUGUGCCUGCUGCAACAGCAACGGCCACGAUCGAGCCCACGGAGACACACACGUAUUCUGACAGCUUCCUUCCGUCGUUCUUCCCUACCUUUGGUGUCUCCAAAAGGACACAGAUCUGGAUUUAUGGCUCGAUCGGACUCAUUGUGGUCUUUUGCAUUGGACUUGGGGCUUACUUUCUUGUUCAGCGGAGAAAGAGACUUCGAAACAACCCUCGUGAUGCAUAUGAGUUUGAAAUGGUCGCGGACGCAGAUGAUGACGAACAGCGAGGCUUGACCUCCCGUAGAGGACGUGGCAAGGGAAGAGCCAAGCGAGGUGGGGAGCUCUACGAUGCGUUUGCUGGCGAAAGCGAAGAUGACCUGUACAGCGAUGAUGAUGCAUAUCAGGACACUCCCAGUAACGACACUGGUAGCGGCUCGAGGUCCGGCAGUUCCGAGGGCAAAGAAAGGGAGAAGUGA